AUGCCAGCCACAAAUAUCGAUCCACCUGACACCCAGCCAAUGUUUGCAAGUCUAGAGCAAGAUGAUGAUGUGUCUUCUUUGCAGAAUCUGGCACCUGCUAGUCUGUUCACAAGCAAGCCUAAAGCUCAAAAUGGCUUUCUACUUGCAGAGUUGCCGGAGCUUCCUAGUCUGAUGCCCUUUGUGUCUGACCUGCACAGGCUGCCUAUUCUCUCUGAUGACUCCAGUGCACUUGUAUUAUUUGGCCCACCUGAGAAUAACUUUAAUGAUGUCAGCUUGUUCAUUGAUCCAGAGCUUCUAGUGUCAUCACUGAUUGCAGGCAUUGUCGUUAAGAUGACGGCACCUGAGAUUGUCACAGCUGAGCAAAUCUCGGCUGUUUCUAAACAGGCUUUUGAUGCCUUACCCACACGUGCUGUGUUCUCUUCAAUCCAUUCCACCGCUAUAACACUUUCAAAUGCUUCCCCUUUCUGUAUAUGUCCAGCUGUCCUCUUGUCGUUGCUUACACCCCAGCCGCUCUGA